AUGAACUUCGUGCUACCCAGAAGGUUCACUCUGCCGACCACCCUAACUCCCUAUGAUGGGUUAGGUUAUCCGAAGAAAUACAUCAAGAAGUUCACCUCCAUAAUGAUAGUAAACGGUGCAUCUGAUAAAGUUUUAUGUCGUUGCUUUCCAUCUUACUUAGACGAUCCUGCACUUGAUUGGUUUUGUUCUUUGCCUGCAGGUUCUAUUUCCCGAUUUCGAGACAUAUCAAAGCCCUUUGAGGAACACUUUGCUGGAUCGGCCAUCUACGUACACGACUCCGACUACCUGAACACAAUCAAGCAAGGCCAGCACGAAAGCCUCAGGGACUACAUGACACGCUUCACAAAGAUAGCUAUGAGUAUACCCGACCUCCACCCUAAGGUGGAACUGCAUGCAAUAAAAAGCGGACUACGACUAGGAAAAUUCCAGAAAACUAUUGCCGUAGCCAAACCUAAGACUAUGGCCGAGUUUCGUGAAAAGGCCAAAGGUCAGAUCGACAUUGAGGAACUCCAAAAAGCUCAGAAAAUAGAAAAACCACACUACCGAGAAAACAACAGAACGCGAGACAACAAGAAGAACCCCAAACCAGCUUCGCAAUAUGAGUCUUACACUCAAUUCAACACCAAGUGCGACGAUAUCAUCGAGGAGAUCAUGAAUUCGAAGCUGAUCAAACCACCAAGAAAAGCCGACAGUUACCCAGAUUCAAAAGGCACAGACAGAUCAAAAUAA